UUCAUCUUUCAGUCGUCUGGCAGAUGGUCGGAGAUGAAGGUCAGGAGGUGGCCCAGCUUCAGAGUAAUUAUCUCUAAUGCAGGCUGAGCAUUAACCUCACUGCAUGACUGCACCUGAUCGGUAACUGAGCUCGCCUGUAACAGCGUGCUGACAGAAGCCAGCUCUGACCUUGGCACAGCAGGACAAAUGGUUCACUAUCGCACACCGAGAUGGUUCCUCACCCGUGCCUGCUCGCCGCGAAGGACGGGGACCUAGAAACGCUGAAGAGCCUGGACGCCAGUGGCCGACUGAAUGGGAACAUCGAGGAUCACCUGGGCGCCUCCCCGGUCCAUCACGCAGCCAGGGCCGGCCAGCUGGACUGCUUAAAAUUCCUCAUCACCCAGGCGAAGUUGUCAGCGAACAAGAGGGCCAAAAAUGGAGCAACUCCCACCCACGACGCUGCUGCCACCGGGAACUUAAAGGCGCUGCAGUGGCUGACCAGUGCUGGCGGCUGUGACAUUCAGGACCGGGAUGACCAUGGUGCAAAUGUUCUGCACCUAGCGGCUCGGUUUAGCCAAUCAGAAGUGGUGCGGUGGCUGCUGCAGGCAGGGUGCGAUCCCAUGCUGGAGACGGACAGCGGGGCAGUACCAGCACACUAUGCAGCUGCUAAGGGAGACUUUGCAAGCUUGAAAAUGCUUAUCACACAGGCCCCAAGCGUUCUGAAUAAGCAGACUCAAAACGGUGCAACGCCCCUCUACCUGGCCUGUCAGGAAGGGCACCUUCACAUUGUUCAAUUCCUCAUUAAAGACUGCAAAGCCAACUUGAACCUACGGACACACGAUGGGAUGACGGUCCUCCACGCAGCGGCACAGAUGGGACACAGUGCUGUGGUGCUGUGGCUGAGAUCGUUCACGGACACUGAUAUCUCUGCACAGGACAACGAGGGAGCAACUGCAAUGCACUUUGCUGCCAGUGGAGGGCAUGCCAAGGUCCUGGAGCAAUUAAUAAAGAUGGGGGCCAGGAUGCUGCGGGAUAACUGGGGCGGCACGCCUCUGCACGAUGCUGCGGAGAAUGGAGAGCUGGAGUGCUGUCGAAUCCUUGUCAAGAAUCAUGUAGACCUCACCAUUCAAGAUGAUGAUGGUUAUACUGCAGCAGAGCUGGCAGACUACAAUGGAAACGUGGAGUGUGCCUUGUACUUGCGGCACGUUGAGAAGAUGCUCCCACUGGAGGACCCUCCUGUUUCUAAGCAAAGGCAAGAUUCGAUUCGGAGAUCAAAAAGUGCUGUGAAACAGCAAAAUAGAGGUGACUACUACCAGUCAAUAAACGAGGGCUUCAGGGAGUCACGCGACUUUCAGCAAGGAAUGGAGGAUGGCAAGUUUGGAGUUCGAUCAAAUGACCUAAUGCUCUGUUGUCCCCGGAGAGGACUGAGAACUCGUCCAGAAGACCGGAGAUGGAGCGUGGGGGGUCACGAACGACUCUACUUUGAAGCAUUGAGGAAGAUUGAAGCAUCGAAUCGAAUGCGGAGAAGGUCAGCGGUCACUCUCCAUAGAGGUCAUGGGUCAACAGGAGAAAGCGAUCACUCAAACGCAACAACAUUCCCUGGGGAGCAGCGAGUGAGAGAGAGCAAGAGACCGCCAUACGUGGACACCUUCUCCAGCAGUAGCGAGCGAGAGGCUGGGCUGAGGAAGAUCUGCUUCUGGUCCAGUUUUGUGGGUUGUGAGAGUGAAAACUUAAAGCACAAUGAGGAGGCAAACGAGAAAGCAUUGGUCCCACUCCCUCUGGAGGAGGUCCCUUCCACCGAUGUGGACUUGCUGGUGCCCACGCAUGAUGAGAAAGGGCGUCCCAUACCAGAGUGGAAGCGGCAAGUCAUGGUCCGGAAGCUGCAGGCACGGCUGCAGGAUGAAGAGGAACAACGGAGAGAGCACAAAGAAAGAGGUUACCUGCAGACAGAGAUAUGGAGGUAUUCCCAAGAACACAAUGCUAUUCUGGGCCCAUUUGGAGAGCUUCUGACUGAGGAUGACCUCAUCUACCUGGAGAGGCAGAUAGAAAAUGUCCAGGUGAUGAAGAAGUGCAAGGAAUAUGAAGGUGAGCUGAACCGUUUGGCAGUUCAGCUGCGAACUAUUCUCCCUGCUCCCAUAGUCAACAUCACCGUCAAUACUCAGCUUCUGCAUCAGGAUUCAGGCAGGGAGGAGAACACACCCUUGCCCGUUUGGUGCAACAGGAUCUCUGGGAUUGUGAGGACUAUGUCACUCCUCUUAUCAAACGUAAAUGAAAAAGAUCGCGCGGAUUAUGAAAGCAAAGAAAUUACUAAAAUGCCAAAUGUGGAAUUGGCAGCUGUCUUCACUCCAAGGUUCGACCAAACAUCUUCAAGGAAGAGCAGGAACAAAGUAGAGAAAGAGAUCCAGCAGUUUGGCGUGUCUGUACGCACACUUAGGGCCAAUUUUGAAAAACAAUGUGCGCUGAAAGAUAAAACACUGGCCUGCACCAACCGGGAUGAUACUUCAGAAGAGACGUAUUAUGAUGAGUCUUAUCCCAAAGGACCUCAACAUAGAGAUGAAGCUCAAAAUGUCGAAAGAGUUUAUCCUGGUACCACCACUUGUAAAGAUGAAUCUUGGCAAAAAGACAUUACUGGACUUCAAAAAAGUGAGUUGAGUGAAGGACAAGUGCAUGAGGUCCAGCAGUCAGCUAGGAUGGGGGAGACAAGUGGACUGGGAAUUAACUCGAAGGACGAUGUGGAGGAAGAGCAGGCUCCCCAUUCCCCCGUGACAGAGUCAACCAGUCUGAGGAAAGAAAGAAUAGUUGUGCUAUUCCUGGGUCACUGGAAAAAGUCAACUUACACCAUGUCUUUGAAAAUGAAGCUGAAAAAUUUGUGUACAUCUGCAGUAGAAAAUAACAGUGAGCCAACAAAAGAUGGAGAGAUGACUGAAGCAGAGAAGGAUAGUGGAAAACCAGAGCUGAAAACAUAUCUCGAACCCCAGUCCAACAAGUCCAUUCCAAAUGAAAAGUUGAGACAUUUGUUCUUACAGCAAAAGACCAUCACCAAACUCAUUAGCAACUGGAGAAAAAUCAUUGCCCAUGUUCCAUCCAGACAGAUUAGGCGAUUAAAUCGACAGAAGAUCACCUACUCACCUGAGCAGUUUCUUCCUCGCGUCAAUGGUGUCCCUGCUGACUAUGAUAGUCUGACCCUUGAUCUUUUCAUGUUGGGCUACUUUCACAUCCUUGAACUUGACCUGCCUCCAGAUGAAAGGAAAAUGAGGCAUCUUUUAUGCUUUGAGGUAUUUGACCAUCUGGGGAAAUUCAGUUGGGACUUGGUCCGUUCAUUCCACAAGGCUGUCAUUGAGGAGAUUGAUGCUGGUAAAAGGGAAUGGAAGAAUGGAUUUGAAGACAUUAAGCAAAGAUUCUUCAGCAACCCUGAAGAAAUGGUAGCUGCGCCCACGCAGUCCGAGCCGACCAUAAGACCGGUGCCUAAAGUCAUUGUGCAAAGUGCCACCCCUGAAGAAGAUGAAACACCCCCAGGCCACGGCUACUCCUCUGACCUUGAAGCCUUUAGCAAUGAGGAAAUUUGCAAGUACAUUGACAGAAGCUUUGCCUUCUGGAAGGACAAGGAAGCAGAGAUUUUUGAUUUUGAGGAAUAGGAUCAGAUAACUAUUCAUUUCACUGGUGCAGUUAGAAUUCCUUUAGUUGGUGGGAGAGACACAUGGUUGAAGUGGAUUCAGGCUUCAAGGAGUUGGAACUUUUGCAAUCAAGAAGGAAGAGAACAGAUGCUUAAUUGUUCAUAAAG